AUGCAGCUCGUCGACAACGACGAGUUCUUCAAACGAUUGGGGGCGUUGUUCGAUUCAUCAAAAGAGCACGGCUCGAUAUGGCUCACACAUAAACGCCUUACACAUGACGACGCCGACGCCCCCAUGCCCGAUGCCGAUUUGGCUGAUCAGUACCCAUGUCUAGUACGCGCUACAGACGGCAACGAGACCAAGUUCUCCACACGGGUCCUGCCCGGUGAACUGGAGAAGUUUCACGCGACAUAUGCUGCACUCCUACGAGCGUCGAUGGGUUCUCUACGUAAACGCGACAAGAAACGCGAGAAGCAGCGGGCGGAGGAGGCUGCAGCGCGCAAGAAGAAGCGCGAACAGACGAUCGUGGUGGAUGGGCCAAAACGCGGCGCCGGGAGGAGAAAACGGCAACGAAAGGUCAAAGCCGCGCAGAAGCAGGAGGAGGCGAGGAUCAGGAUAGCAGAACGAGAAGACAAGGCUGCCAAAACCUCGAAGGUGUAG